AUGGCCGUGCAGGAUGAGCUGAGUGCGGCGCUGGGUGCGGCCCAGCCCAUCAGUCGGCUCCACAAGCUGCUGAGCGUCCCCAGCUGCCGUCUCAAGAUCCUUAAAAAACACCAUGCUCCCCUACAGGCAGCCAUCCAGCAGGCUCUGUCCGAGUCCAAAUUCGAGGUCCUGGCCCUGCUAGCCAAGAUCCUGUAUCGCCAGCUCGAGGACCCGUCUGAUCGCAGCGGUGUCAGCACCUUUAUCAGCGAGGCGCUUCGGCAACAGCAUUUUCUCGAGCUUGUGGGCCCCAAGGCCCCAACGGCCGUGGCUGUGGCCUUUCUGCGCAUCCUCAUGUUGUACCUCGGCUCGCCGCGCCGCAAUCUCCACUCGCGCAUCAUGGCCGGCAUCAUUCAAGCCCUGCUUGAGGUGACCUUUGGCACGGGCCAUCCCGAUUGUGGACUCGCGGCAGCCUCGGCCCUCAACGCCAUGAUGCAGAGCGCUCUGCCCAACCAGCGCGAGCUGUACAAACGUGAAUGCAACCUGGACCAUCGCCAGUUGGCCACGCACUUGCAGCGUCUGCCUGCCCUGGGCGACUUUGAUCUACAAUUUGAAGCGCUCCAAGUUCUCUACUCCAUCAUGGGCUCCAAGGAUCGCGAGGCCAUCGCGGGUCAUUGUGAUGGGGUGUUUCCAGCAUCGUGGCAACAGGCUUUUCAGGACCUGGACGUGGCGGCCUUUGACGAGGAGGCCUGUCAGCUUUUGGUCGAGCUCAAUCAGGCCGUGAAACACCCCAGCGUGCAAUCGCUGACGGCACGCUCCAUCAAACACGAGGCUCGUGCUCAAGUCGCUCGGGCCUUGCAGGAAGAGCGCACGCUCUGCCACUUCAACCAGCGCUCGCAAUGCCUGACGUACACCAACAAGGACGAUUGUGUUGUGGUCAUCAAGGCUCAGCAUGUGACGCGCUUUUCCGCAGCCAAAAAUGUGCUGACGGUGCAGGUAGAGGGAGCAGGACAUCCGUUGGCAGGUGUGGUCACGCUGACGUUUGAGCCGGCGAUUCACCCGGGACCGGCCGCGGCACUGGUCUUUGGAGCUGACAAGCAAGAGCGGGUGGAGCCGCGCUCGGUCGCUGUUAUCAUGCCCAUUCGAAUUGACAAGCGUCAGGCGCAGGACAAGAUGGUGCGCACAAUCCGCUCUGUUACCGUGGGUGUUCGUGCCACAAGUCCCGACAAUGACGGGCCGGCGUCAGCCUGCACGGACGCCGACUCGAGUUCCCACGCAUCACCGGAACAGCCCACGCAGGUGGAUCCGGCAAAUCAGACGGACCAACAAAGUUCCUCAGAGUCGCCAGAGCCAACCAAGAGGUUCGGCCACAACCCAGAUCCAGAUCUGGGUUUGACCUCGAGCCAGGAAUUUGAGUCUCAAGAGCUGCUCAAACCACGGCCAAACCAAGCUGAUGCUCGGGCUGGUGCGCAAGCACGCGCCGUGGGUGCUGCAGCCGCGGCAACAGCGUCCACCAAAGCCGUUCAACGUCCUGGUACCACCACCACCACCACCAAGGCGCCUCGCAAGAGCAGCAAGCGUGGGAAGCAGCGUCCAUCUGCCUCGCCAGCCGAGCAAGAUCCCCCGUUUAUCAAGAAACACGUGCAGGAGAGCGAUUCAAGCAAUGCAAGUCCAGGCUCUGUGCAGAGCAACGCCGCAGAGGGCAUGACACGAGCAGCAGCAGAGGCUGAAUAUGACCACGCACUUGCCGAAGCGAAAAAGAAGCUCGAGGCUCUGAAGAGCGCCAAAACUGCCUCAGAGGCUCAGGCGGCAGGGAAACGGGGCCGCAUGGGCGAAUUGCCCUAUCGCUCGCUGGUCGUGGUUCGCACGCCACGCAGCGAGGUGCAAGCCAUUCCUGACACCCCACCCGAGACUAGCCCAGCACCUAUCACCAAAGCGUCACAGCCUCAGAUCGGGGAGGAGCCCUAUACCAAGGCGCUUUUGGCGAGUUGCGGCCUGACACUGGCAGACUUGCAGGAGGCGAUUGACGACGAAGACGCCGAGGAUGGCGAUGGCGAUUGCGGCCCAGAUGGUGGCCAGAGCAAUGGUGAUGAUGAUGGUGACGUCGAAGCCAUCGCCAAUGGCAACGCGAGGCGCCGUCGGGAGGUGCUGCGCAAGGCUAGCGUGCUGGCCAAUGCGGCUGCACGCAUGGACUCGGAGGCAGAGGACUCGAUGGAUACGGAGGAGCUGGCCGCGGUGCUCGAGGCUGCGGAGCGUCGUCGUCUCGUCCGCUCGACUGCAGCUGCGGCUGCAGAGGACGUCGAUGAGGACUCGUUGGACCUGUCGUCGGAAGCGGGCCAAGAGACGGCCAGCCCGGACCUGGUGCGCAAGAAAGCAGAAGGACAAGAGGGAGAGCGGGCGAAGCGUGUCGUGCGCAAGCAAGCAGCCGGGUCAGCGGGCAACAAGAAGAGGAGCGGCAAGCGCAGUACACGAAGCAAUGCUGCCGUCCAGCAGUGGGACUCUUCCACAACGGGGCGGGCAUCAAAGCAACGCCAAACAACCCGCCGAGCUGGCACCAAGAAGAACCAUGGGCAGAAGCGUGCGGCUGUGCCAAACCGCCACAAGGACGAUCAUGCUGAUGAGGACGAGGACGCCGAGGAGCAGGCUGAACAGGAGCCGUCGGAGGCGCCCGAGCUGUCGGAGCAGGAGGCACGCCAAAGAGCCAAGGCGCUGCGAGGUGGGCGGCGGCGCAAGCAGGUCAUGGACAACAACGACGCGCCACGAGCCAAGCGGGGCAAAUCCGAUUUGUCGAUUGGCCAACCGCAGGACCCGACCCCGGACGUGGUGCAGUGGAAGGCUCAAAAGUCGAAUGUCCGCCGAUCCGACGGCGCCGGGGUUCAGCGGCGUCUCAUUCUCGAUGACGAGCUUGAAGCAGCAGCGGUGCCCGAUUCGCCUCGAGUGGCUUCCGACCAGGUUGCUCAGACGGAUGCGGGGGAUGAGGUGGAGACGGCAUCGCUCGCGGCCCUUCAAGAUCGGGCGCGUGCCACUCUGGCCACGCUGGAGCAGCAAGAUGACGACCUGAUGGCCAUGAUACAAGGGCGGCACGCCAAGCUUGGGCUGGCAGCGCAGGGCCAGCAGUUGCGCCGCCGACGCCGGCAGCUCGUGGCACGAGGCCAUAAGCUGCUGCAGCAGCUGGGUCAAGAGCGCCAGAUGCUCAAAACCCGGGUGCUACAGGCCAAGGUGGCGUGGGGGGAGGCGCAGCGCCUGCUUGAGAGCAUCUCGACCGAGGCGGUCGCCACCAAGCUGGAACAACACACGCACGCAGCUCGCGAAGGCUGCUUGCGAGAGGCCCUGCAAGUCGUCCAGGCCAUGACCCAAGAUUCGGAGCGCGCUCGCUCCAAGCAGCUCAUGCUCAUGGCCUCGAUGCUCGACAUGGCUCGCACCGAUUCUGGGGUCAAGCUGGAGAUCAUGUGCGCUGAGCGAGGGCUCAGUGUGCCGCAUGACUCGCGAUGGGUGGUCGUGCUGUCCACAGCCAUCUCAGGCUCGACAUUUUUCACUCGUAGCUUCAAGCGGGCCAUUGUCGAGGAGCAUGACGAAGUGUUACUCGACUUGGCGCGCCGCUGUUCUCGAUACUGGGGCACCAAGUCGUGCACCUUUGUUGAUAUUCAAAAAGCGCUAACAUCGGGAUUUCACACGGAUGCCAACACGACCCUGGCGGUCAUUGGCAAGAUUCAAUAUGAUCAUGUCCCACCCAUGUACCUUCAAGACUUUCUCGACUUUGUUGCCUGCAAUAGGAUCUCGAUCAUACACCUGUAUCGCCAGUCUUUGCUCGAGCCCUUCUGGACCUCCACUGCCCAGGUAUUAGAUGCGGCGCAGGAGGGCGAGCUAAAGGACCGCUUAUUCCAGCAGGAGGAGCGGGAAAAGCUUGUUAGCAACCGUCGGGCACUUUAUGUUGAGCCUCGACAGGCAGCAGAGUACAUUGCGACCAAGCGAGCUCUGCGUUCCAUGUAUCAGCGUGCCUUCCGCUUUUCACCUUACAACGUUCCUUUCAUGGAGGUGACCUAUGAAGAGAUCACCUCUCCUCGUGGCCAGCGUUACUACGACAGCGUCUACGCAUUUUUGGGCCUUCCGUGGCGCCCCCUGCACUCUGGAGGUUUGGUGCGCGUUCACCCCGCAAAUUGCGUCAGCAAAAUUCAGAAUUGGGAGGAAGUGCGCACGCAUCUGUUGGACCGCGGAUUUCUUGAUGAGGUCUUGGCUUGCCAGCUGCCUGCUCACGAAUUGGGCGACACGCCGGGCAUCGACCCAGACUCGUCUUUUGCCCACCGCGCCGAACUCUUGGCAGUCAUGACACAAGAGCAAGCUGUCGGGGCUGUCCAUAGCCCUCGCGUGCAUUUUGACCCUGAGCAACUCGUUGAUGGAGCACAGGCACUUCAUCUGCGCCUGAAGGGGCGCCUUGACGCUUUGAAGCAGGAGAAGGCACAAACACCACCUAAGCAGUGA